CUUUCGAUUAGCGAGGAAUGAUUGAUCAUCUCCUGUCACAAUGCCACCAGGUGUGCCAAUCAACAAAACGUGCAUUAAAGCCGAGAUUAGUGAAUCGAUGAAUGAUUUUCGAUGCUAGAUAUAAUCGCUCGCAAAGAAGUAUAUAAAGACCAUAGAAACUUCAAUUAAUUUCUUUCUAUAAUAUCCCCAACUUCACAGUUUCCUCAAUUACUUGUAUAAUAAAGCACCUACUCUACUCGCUCUAUCACAUUCCAACCCAACCAAAGCCAAAAUGUCUUCCACCGCCAAAACUGCAAUCGUCUUAAUAGACCCCUACAACGACUUCUUACACCCCGAAGGUAAAGCCAACCAACUUCUUGCCGAAUCAAUGGCCGAUACAAACACCAUUUUUCACCUGAAGAAUCUCGUGACUGUCGCUCGUGCACACAAGAUCCCUAUCUAUUAUGGUUUGCAUCAGCAAAUUAAGGCAGGAUUUUUAGCUGGUUGGAAUCAUGCAACUUCGACGCAGGUAGCUCAGAAGGAGGGUAAGGCAUUUGAGGAGGGGACGUGGGGGGUUGAGAUUUUUGAAGGGUUGGAGCCGGAUGUCGAGGGGAAUGCGGAUGUGGUGGUUAGUAAGCAUUGGUGUAGCAGGUAUGUGUUGGCUGUUCUGUGCGGGGCUGAAUGAGCGGCGGGAACUAAUUGGAAACAGCUCCUUUCAAAACACCGAUUUGGAGUAUCAGUUGAGACAAAGAGAUAUCACGCAUUUGGUCUUUGCUGGAUUAACUGCAAAUACGUGUAUGGAGUCCACGGCUAGAUAUGCUUUUGAAUUGUGAGUUAACUUUCCACUUGAGUGUAUUAGACGAUGGCUGAUGCUGAUGUCAGGGGAUUUCGUGUGACCAUGCUUAAGGAUGCAACGGCCGGCUUUUCUACCGUGUUGAAGGAUGCUGCUACUGAUCUUAUUUGGCCAUUGUUUGCGAAUGAGGUAUUGACGGUGGAAGAGUGGAAGAAGAGUUUGGAGAAGUGAAGGGAUCGUAAGAAACCUUUGGAUUAGUGUACGAUAACUAUCGAAGUUCCUUUCCCUUAGCUCAUUCAAGUAGCCUUGCAAAUAUUCAUCUGCAUUCGAUUGUUCAUUUAGGCGAUUGUCG